AUGCCGUACUUUAACAACACCCCGGAAUCCAAAGUAUCCCGUUCGGAUUCGAAAAAUCCAGCAACAACAUGCCGUGGAAUCACUUCUAGCGGCCAUCCAUGCCGCCGGUCACUGGCCUCGUCGCCCAAUUCAUCACCACCAAGAAAGACGGCCGGUAGAGUCAACAACAGCCAAAAUGCAGACAUUACCGCCCUUUACUGCUGGCAACACAAAGAUCAAGCCCAGUCAAUCCCGAGCCAACCAACAUGGAAACCAGACCCCGCGCAAAACCGGCGACGAUCAAGCAUCGACACAUUAAUGGACCGCCUCGGUGUCCUCAAUAUAAACGAUCCGCAAUCCCAAAAACCACCGUACCCGCCAAAGAAGAAACAAACCAAACGCUCAUUCUGCUGUUUCGAUAUCAUAGAAGAAGAAAACGAUGAGCCGGCCCCAAGACCAAGCGCACCGCGCCCUCCACCCGUCCCGGGACGCCCUCCUCAACAAAUGAACCAAGUCUCACCUCUCCCACCAUCGACAACAAAACCACCCCCUCAGAAAUCAACCAGCAGAUGGAUCCCAUCUACUCUCUCCCCGCAAGCAGCCUCCCUUCUCGCAGCUGAACUCGCAAAACCAAUAUCCGCAGCCGACGAACCAGGCUACAUCUACAUGUUCUGGGUAACGCCUGAAACAUCAUCAAGGUCCGCUCCACCACCGUCCGACAUCGCCUUGUCUCUCGUCCCGUUAGCAAAUAGGGGCAUAGAUAUCGACGGCGACGACGACCCCGAUUACGACGAUGACAGCGACGAAACACCCGAGCAAAUCCGACGCAGCAACACCGCCAUUAUCCGGGCAAGAGACUUGAAUACGCUGUCGUCGAAUCCAACGCCCAACAGCCCAGGAACGGUGAAGUUGAAGAUUGGUCGGACGAAUAAUAUAACUCGAAGGUUAAAUGAGUGGACGAGGCAGUGUUCCAAUCAUCUUACACUUAUUCGGUACUAUCCGUACACUCCGUCGUCGAGACGCGGCAAUGGAAAAGGUGUUGGUAAGGGCUUGGAGCCGGGAAAAAAGGUACCCCAUGUUCACCGAGUGGAGAGACUCAUCCAUAUUGAGUUGGCGGAUAUUCGAGCGCGCGACCUAGGGCAGUGCCCAGAAUGCGGAAAGGAGCAUAGGGAGUGGUUUGAAGUGGCUGCUGAACGGGAUUCUCUAAAGAGAGUUGAUGAAUGUAUUCGUCGAUGGGUGCGCUGGGCACACACUCAACGACGGUGA